UAUGUUUAUCUGACAUUAGCACGGUCGCCCUGUAUCCAGGAUAUAUCAAGGCUGUGAGCUUUAAAGGAAAUAAGCUAAAAAAACACUGCCUGCCCAUCACCUGCCACAAUGAGUUUUCCGGACAAAUCCGAACGUGCAAAAUGCUGGACGGCACGGGAUGAUUAUUGGAAAUGUCUGGAUGAGAAUGCGCCCAAGCACAGUUCAACAAGUGGCGAAAAGGUUCCCAAUGCCUGUCAGAUCCUACGCAAGGCUUUCGUACAAUCCUGCCCGGGUCAGUGGGUGAAGCAUUUCGAUCGCAAGCGUACCUACGAGCAGUUUAAAGAGAAGAUGGCCAAGGGCUAUGAUCCGCUGGAGGAGCGCAAGGGUAGCGAAAAGCCCAGCAAAUGAGAUGAGGAGUGGACAGAAGGAAUGAUGUAAAUUGUUGUUACGCUGCUUAUAUUAGUUUUUUUUUUGUAAUUGUUAUAGUGUUAUAGUGGGAAAUAAAAGAAAACACGAAAGAAAUUCAAACAGUUAGCUUCAGUGUGUACACACCACGACAAAAAGAAAAAUUAGCCGGCUCCAGAAUGUGCUAAAAAUGCCCGAAAACGCGUUGCCUAACUGGCUGCUAAACGAUAAUUAAA